AUGAGGUCGAAAGACAUGAUCGGAAUAUAUUUUUUAGUUUUUCUCUGUUUCGAUGUUAACGCUAAGUCAGAGGAGAAGAAUAAUGUCAGUUCUGAAACGAAAUUCACAUACAAGAACGACGGUCAGUCCUUACUGUUCGCUGAUGAGUUCAAGCAGGUCAUCGAGAGGUACAUGUUCGGCGUCUGUCCACAAUCAAUGAAGCAGUCGCGUUGGCUUCAGAUGGUGAGCAAGAAGAACGGCUCCUCGUGCGACCUGGACGCGGACCAGCGGGACCUGGCCGGCAGACUCGCGACUCUAUCCCUGAAGGCCCACAGCGUGUCCCGAGGUCAGUGUUCUCGUCUUGGGUCUGCGCUGGCCGCCGUCCUCUCAGACCUCGCGUCCGUGGCGCAGGAGAGAGACGUCAUAGCUGUCUCGCUAGCGAACGAGAAAAAACGGAAACUAUCCAAGAGUCAGAAGGCGAAGAUCCAGGCGAAACAGAGAACGGCUCUUGCUGUGAAGAAGAAGGCGGCGGCAGCAGCGGCCGCGGCGGCUGCUAAAGUGGCGACCUCUUAG